CACUGCAGAGGCCUGGCGGGUUGUGACGCCCAGCGAGGCAUGCGUGGCUCUAUGGUUGCGCCCUGCAGCUUGGGCGCCGGCGGCGCCCUAGCUGUCUGCACCAAUAGCCAGCAAUCAGGCGGCUGCGGCCCCUCGAGACUCGCUUUCCACGCUAGGCUGCCCGUGCACGCCGCUGCAGGCGGGCAGCGGCACCCAGCAGAGCGUUUGGGCGCCGCGCCAACCCGCCGCCGCCAAGCGCCACCAGCGCUCGUGCCGCCGACAGAGCAGCAGCUGCAGCAGGCUGGCAAUAACAUUGUGGCCAAGCCUCGGCCACACCGGCACAGUACAGGAGAUGCAGUGGGCUCUGAACGGCAGCCGGCGCAGGAGCAGCAGCAGCAGGGAUCUGAGGCAGCCGACAACCGGCGGGCGGCCUGGGCGCGGGCAGGCGAAGAGGCGGUGGGGACAGAGGCAAGGACUGGUGGCGGCAGCACCAGCACCAGCAGCGGAAGCCCAUUCUCUUCAAAGAUCAGGGCAGGCCAGCAGCUGGCGGGCGCGCACCGCCCCGUCGGAAUGGUGGUGGGCUCGGCCUGGCUGCUGUCGGUGGCGGUGCAGCUGACGGGCGCCGCGGCCCUCACGCCGCUGUGGAUGCCCGUGGUGGCUGGCGGCGUGCUGGGCGGCCUGGCAACCGCAGCGCACGACUUCAUCGGCGUGCAACGCCUGUGGCGCUCCCCACCCGCGCCGCUGCGUGUCCUCAUCACAGGCGGCUCGUGUGGUGACAUGGUGCUGGUCACCAGCCGCAGCGAGGCGGGCGCGCAGGCGGCAGUGCAGCAGCUGAGGGAGGAGGUGGGCCCCGAUGCAAGCAUUAUGGGUGUGGAGUGCGACGUGAGCAACCCGGCGGCCGUCGAGGCGCUGAUGGAGGCGGCGCAGCAGCUGCUGGGUGGCACAGACGUGGUCAUCAACAACGCCGGCUACUCGGGAUCCUUCCAGAGCCUGCUGUCCCAGUCAUCUGAGCAGGUGCAGCGCGUGGUGCAGACCAAUCUGCUCGGCUCCCUGCUGGUCACGCGUGCCGCCAUGCGCCGCAUGGCGCACCAGCCGGGCGGCGGCCACAUCUUCAACACAGAGGGUGCCGGCUCAGACGGCAGCCCCACGCCGCAGUAUGCCGCCUACGGCGCCACCAAGUGCGCCAUCGCGCAGCUGCUCAAGACCCUGCAGCACGAGGCGGCGGGGCUGGCCAACCCUGUGCGCAUCCACAACCUGUCCCCCGGCAUGGUGCUGACCCCGCUGCUGCUGGAGGGCGCCACCCCCAGUAGCAAGCAGGUGUUCAACAUCCUGUGCGAGCACCCCGAGACGGUGGCCGCCUUCCUGGUGCCGCGCCUGCGCAGCGUGGUGGCGCGCGGCGAGGCCGGCACCGCCAUCCGCUUCCUCACCCCCACCCGCGCCCUGGCCAAGUUUCUGACCGCACCACUGCGUGCCGGCAAGUAUUUCGACAGGGAGGGGCGCCCUGUGUACGCGCCGGAGCGAGAGCGCCUGCUGGGCGCAGCCCAGGCCAAGCGCACGCAGCGGCUGCAGCGUGCCGCCGCCCGCCGCUCCGUGCCCUUCCAGCUGGCCUACUCCAUGUGCAUGGCCCUUGCCUUUCUCCUCAUCGUUGGCGAUGCCCUGGCCAAUUGAACCAAACCAGACUCGUUGAUUGCCUGCUGGGCUUCUGACGCUGAGCGGCAGCAGCCCCCACGCAGCGCUCCCGCGAUUUUUCACCGUCCAUCUGCUACCCACUGUUUGUCCAGCUACUGCCUAGUAUCACCUCCAGCCACCUCCUGCCCUGGCGGAGCGAUGCUGAAGCUCCUCCUUGCCAUACCGGUGCGGGCUGCGGCCUGCCAGGCUGGGGCGGCUGGAGCCUCUGCUCUUCUGCCUCCUCCCGUGUACCACCACCUGUCAGAUACCUUGUCUAUCUGUGCUCUGUUACCGCUGCUGUUGCUGCAUUGCUUCCUGCAACAUCUGGCCCCUCAGCUAGUCACCUGUUUACUGCUCCUCUCACCCGUCCUCUCACUCGCGCCUCCCUCUCUUCUCUCACUGGCCACCUGUCGGUCUCCAGCAUGGAUAGAUAGCUCUCCUAGCCUAGACUGCCACUCAGAUUGUUUUCCCGAAUCGUUGCCAGCUGAUGCACAGCGUCAUGCACAGGGCUUGUAAUGGGUCUGCAUGC